GUCGAUUGUAAGGCGCUCGAGAUGGCAGUCAGAGUGAGAUACGAGUCCGGCAGUGAAGUGGGAGUCUUCUCAAAGGUGUGCACACCUGACUGGCCCAUCAUCUGCCGCCUGCUCACCAGCAGGGCGGAUUAGCUCACCAAUUCGUACUGUCUGGCGUCGAUGGCCACUGGAGCGAACAACUUUAUCUCUACCUUUGAAGCCGAGCUGGGAGAUGUGAUUCCCGUGAUUCAGACGAGUAUAGCCGGCACACGCAUCAUCGGUCGACUGACAGCCGGCAACCGACACGGAUUGCUCGUUCCCUCUACGACGACAGAUCAAGAGCUGCAACAUCUGAGGAACUCCUUACCGGACUCGGUAGCCCUGCAAAGAGUGGAAGAGCGACUGUCUGCUCUGGGCAACGUCAUCGCUUGCAAUGACUAUGUCGCGCUCGUUCAUCCCGACAUCGACAGAGAGACCGAGGAGAUCGUGGCAGACGUACUCAAAGUGGAAGUCUUUCGACAGACCAUAGCCGACAACGUCCUGGUAGGCUCAUACUGCGCCCUCUCAAAUCAGGGUGCUCUCGUACAUCCCAAGACGAGCAUACAAGACCAGGACGAGCUGUCGAGCUUGUUACAAGUUCCUCUCGUGGCAGGCACAGUCAACCGAGGCUCGGAUGUCAUCGGUGCAGGCAUGGUCGUCAAUGAUUGGGCAUCUUUUGUCGGGCUCGACACCACAGCGACAGAAAUCUCGGUCAUCGAGGCUGCAUUCAAGCUGGGCGGUCAGACGACAGACGCAAUCGGCAACAUGCGCGAUACCCUCAUCGAUCAGUACGCAUAGCGUUCUGGUCAUGCUGUCUUUUGCAUAGACAUCGCAGUACAACGUGUAUGGCAUACAGGACUUGCAAGACGAUUCAUGCGAGCGUUUGCGUUGAUGCUGUCUAAUGACCGUAGUCGUAUUUUCUGUAGAACGACUCCGAGUCGGAUGGAUCGCUAUUGGCGCCCCGCUUGCUGAAACCCUCUUCGCCAGCCUCCUCGAGCUUCUUCCUCUCCUCCUUGUCUUCGGCAAGCCAAGCUAGAGCAAGUUCGAGCAGCCUACUGCCCGCUCGAUUGGGAUCGUUCAUUCUGUCCAAUACGCCAGCAGGUACUCCCUCCGGUUCGCCCUUGAAAGGCCAAAGCAAUGGCGCAGGCGUCGUCGUCUUGCCGAGCUGAAUGUGACAGACAUGCGUGGGGAAAGAGUCCAGC